UACACGCAGAAGAAUUCGGCAUCAUCAAAUUGAUAAAUAAAAUUAUCAACAUUAAUAAACUAUAAUUAUCAUUUUGAUAACAAUAAUUUAUCAUUUUGAUAAUCUUUAAUUAUCGAAACGACAAACUUAAUUAUUACUUUGAUAAACAUACUUAUCACUGGAUAAUUUUUCGCGUGCUCGUGUUUCCAUGUGUCAGCCAAAAAGUAAACAAAUAAACCAAAAUGAGCGCGGACGCCAACAGUGUGGAUGUGAAGCGGCUGGAACCUGAGGAAUUGGCCGUGGUUGAGUUAUUCCUCUCAUUUGAUGUCUCGCUUGAUACCGCCAGCGUUUUUCUUGAAAACGGCUAUCGCUUGGAAACAUUGAAAAUCAUCCUGAGGAAGGAGAUGGAGGAACUUCUUCAGUCACCGUUUCUUGCCGAUCGAACGAAGUGCCUCAACGGGUUGAGCGCUUGGCGUUUGGAGCAGGGGAUUCCAGCAAUUUCUUGUUGUGAACAUCCAGCAGCGGCGCAACCGGCAUCAGGCGCACAUCCGGCCGCAGUGCAACAUCCGGCCGCAGCGUUACAUCCGGCCGCAGCGCCACAUCCGGUCGCAGCGCAACAUCCAUCCGCAGCGCAACAUCCGGCCGCAGCGCCACAUCCGGUCGCAGCGCAACAUCCAUCCGCAGCGCCACAUCCGGCCGCAGCGCUACAUCCUGCAGCACCAGAAGUAAGCCGUGAACAGUGCAAUGCUACAAUUUGCAAUGGUAAAGAGUACUUCAGGCAUUGUAAUUUCAGUCUAGUAGAAUAAUCACUCUCAUUUUUGUGUAUAAAUGCAAAUCUUAAAGGAUUAAACAAAUUUAAACCCCAAAAUAUGCCUUAUAGUUUAUUUUGAACGAAAUAAUAACGAAAGUACCACGAUAAAUAAAAUUAUAAUUAUGACAAAAUCCAUUAUCAAUUUGAUAAUAAUGUUGUAUCAAGGCGAUAAACAUUUUUAUCGAUUUGAUACCAUAAUUUUUCAAAACAAUAAAAAUUCUUAUCAACUUGAUAAGUUUUAUUUUGACGUUUCUAAAACGAGUUUAUCAAAAUGAUAAAACAAAUUUAUCAAAAUAAUAAAAAAAAUUGUCAAAUCGAUAGUGAAAAUUAUCGAAUUUGAUAAAAUAAAUUAUUGGUUGCCAACCGAUAAUUUUAUUUAUCGAAUUGAUGGCAAA